ACUACCCCUACAAGGGAUUGACCACUUGCCGAAAUUAUACGAAUGAAAUCCGUAAAAAUAAUAUAUUAAAUGGGAAAAAUGAAUAGACUUGAAAUAUUAUUAUAUAAGUUUUAGUAUUCCCAUCAACAAAAAAAGCACCCUCUUUGCAGCUUCUUCUCACACCGAAAACGCUACCCAACCUUUCACGAGAUUUAUGUGCUCCCUUCCCUUCCAUCAUUCAUAUAACUACGUCUCCUAAUAUCUCCUCCACUGUCUCUAAAUCCCCUCACACUUCCAUCACCACUCGUCAUUUUAGCAUGGCCGACACACAUGCCGAUGGGAUGUCAUCAGACACCCGACGGAAGGGACCCGGAGUCGGAAAAAGGACCGUUGCCUCGUUUGAGGCAGCAACAUCAGAAACAGGGUCGAUUCCCAACCCACCUUGUGGGGCGUGCAAAUUCUUGAGGAGGAAGUGUGUUAACGGGUGUAUCUUCGCACCCUACUUUGGAUCUGACCAGGGUGCUGCUCGGUUCGCUGCAGUGCACAAGGUGUUUGGAGCCAGUAAUGUGUCGAAACUCCUAAUGCACAUUCCGGUCAACCGUCGACAACAUGCAGUAGUCACCAUUUCUUAUGAAGCCCAAGCUAGAUUGUCCGACCCUGUUUACGGCUGUGUCUCAACCGUCCUAGCUUUGCAACAACAGGUAGCAGCAUUGCAGACCGAGCUCACAAUGGUGCAGAACCAGCUAAUAAACAACAGGCUCCUAGUGGCAAACUCCCUUCAAAGUUCACAACAGCAACUUGAGCCAGUGCACCACCUUUCACUGCUGCGACCCGCAUAUUCAAAUGCUUCAUCUGCUUCGAAUAACAACAUACUUAACAUGAACAGCUUUGAUUCAAGUUUGAAUAAUCUUGCAGAUGACCAUCACAGAGAUACACUUUCACAACAGAGCUUCAAUCCUCUUCAACUUUGCCAACCUUGUAAUGACGAUGAGGAUGAUGACGAGGAAGAGAGUGGGGAUCCGUUAGCAUUUGCCAAUCAGAUGCUUCAAUCCAGAUAACUCCCAUUGUUUCUGAUAA